UCAUGCGGUUGUGAUACCGUCGCCUCCAGUAAAUGGAAAGGACACAUUUCAGCUGCUGGGGGUUUUUCCCAUUAGGAUUCUCGAGGGGCGGUAAUUUUCCCAGUUGGUCACCUAUUUCGACCAUGUAUACUUGCCCAAAUACUGCCAAAAAGUCUGCUCCAAGAGUGUAUUAUGAUGAUGAUGAUGCAUAUUUAGAUCUUUCUGACUCGAUUGGGACUUCUGAUGACGAUGAUGAUGAUUGGCAGAAUGAGAAGAGGAAGAAGGUGAAGAAUGCCAAAGGGAAAGGGUCUGUGGGGAGAAAUGCUAAGAAACCACAGAGUGAGAGAGUGAAGAAGGCGACUAAUGAGAAAGCUGAUGUUGAUCGUAGUGGGAAUUUGAGUGGUGUCUCUGCAGUGCCUGAUGGUGUGCCAACUGCUGAAUCGAGUAAAAGGGGGGUUGUUAAUAGUGGGAGGAAGCAGAUGGGAAGGGGGCAAAAGAAUUUGGGGAAGUUGGAUUUGAAUGUAAAGUUUAGUAAUGAAGUGGAAGAGCCGGUGCCAAGGAGGAAUGAGGGGAAUCACGCUGGCUAUGGGGAGGAGGAUAACAUUGAAGAGAAUGGGUUCUUUGAGGGUCUUGACGAGUUUUUGAGUAGCUUGCCUAUACUUCCGGCUGUCGGGGAUGAUAAAGUUAAGGCUGCUUAGUGAAGUAAGAUAACUUUUUUUUUCUUGCAGUAGUUGUAGUUGUUGUAAUUAAAUGCUUGUAGUAUUUAACUAUGUUCAGAUGCUUAGGGCUCCUUUUAUAACCUCUUUGAGGUUGAAUCCGACUGUAUAUUUUGUAGCAGCAUGUUUUGUCAAUAUUUUGAU